AUGGUCACCGGCUUUCCAUUUAAUGUUAGCAGUGCGCCUAUGUAUUAUGGAAGUACGAUGAGCUUUUUGGGGACGGCACUUUGGUGGGGAAAGCCAGCUGGGGUUCUUUUGACCGUGGAAGUAUUGGUUGUUUAUCUUUUGGCCUUGAGGUUUGAGGAUCCAUUUACGGCCGGGAUUUAUGCUAAGAGGGAGAGAGAAAGAAGUGCAAAGAAGGGAAAGAAGGGAUUGUAG